CUAAUACAAAACAUUACUAGCGUAUGGCAGUAUUUACUACUGAGUUUGCAUGAUAUUAAGGACACAAAUAGUUGUUGUUGGUUUAAGUUGAGUGGGUCACUGUAGUUAAAAUGCUACCAUAGUGCAUAAGGAAAGUUUAGUAAAUUACGAAGUUACCACUUCGCCUUUUCCUUCUCAGUUGGUCAAUUAGCCACUUAGCUAGCUAGCAGCCAAUUGCAAGAGCUGGUAGCUAUGGCUGCAGUCAUUCUGAGUUUCCCAGCCUUGCAAGGUCUGAGGAUAUAUACACCAAAAUUAUCAUGGACCAAAAGAGGCGUGAGGCUUGUUUCAGGGGGGGUUGCAAGGAUAGAAAAGGUGUUAAUUGCCAACCGAGGAGAGAUUGCCUGUCGUGUGAUGCGUACAGCCAAGAAGAUGGGCGUCCGCUCCGUGGCUGUGUACAGUGAUGCAGACAGACACUCCAUGCACGUGGCCAUGGCAGAUGAAGCCUACCACAUCGGUCCUCCACCCUCCCAGCAGAGUUAUCUGUCUAUGGAGAAAGUUUUGGAAGUGGCCAAAAAGUCUGGGUCACAUGCGGUCCACCCUGGUUACGGCUUUCUGUCAGAAAACACAGAGUUUGCUGAGGCAUGUAAACAGGAAGGCAUCAUCUUUGUUGGGCCACCUUCCUCUGCCAUCCGAGACAUGGGCAUUAAGAGCACCUCUAAACACAUCAUGUCAGCUGCUGGGGUGCCAAUCAUUGGUGGUUACCAUGGAGAGGACCAGUCAAAUGAGCGGCUGCAGGCCGAGGCUGCCCGGAUUGGCUAUCCUGUGAUGAUCAAAGCAGUUCGUGGAGGAGGAGGGAAGGGGAUGCGUAUUGCACAGUCAGGCUCAGACUUCUUAGAGCAGUUGGAGUCAGCGAGACGAGAAGCCAGAAAAUCCUUCAACGAUGAUGUCAUGCUGGUUGAGAAGUUUGUGGAGGACCCCAGACAUGUGGAGGUUCAGGUGUUUGGGGACAUGCAUGGUAAUGCAGUUUAUUUGUUUGAGAGAGACUGCAGCGUCCAGAGGAGACAUCAGAAGAUCAUAGAGGAAGCACCAGGGCCUGGUAUUAGUCCUGAGGUUCGGAAGAAACUUGGAGAAGCGGCAGUCAGAGCAGCUAAAGCCGUCAACUAUGUAGGGGCAGGUACGGUGGAAUUUAUAAUGGACGCCCAGCAUAACUUUUACUUCAUGGAGAUGAAUACCAGGCUGCAGGUGGAACAUCCCGUCUCUGAGAUGGUCACUGGGACUGACCUGGUGGAGUGGCAGCUCAGGGUGGCAGCAGGGGAACGCCUGCCUCUCCUCCAGGAUGACAUCAUCUUAAGGGGCCACUCUUUUGAGGCUCGUAUCUACGCCGAGGACCCAAACAAUGACUUCCUUCCAGGGGCGGGACCUUUGCUGCAUCUCUCCACCCCUCCACCAGACCAACACACACGCAUAGAGACAGGAGUUAGGGAAGGGGACGAGGUGUCAGCACAUUAUGACCCAAUGAUUGCCAAGCUUGUGGUGUGGGGGGAAGACCGACCGGCCGCCUUAAAGAAACUGCGAUACUGCUUACGGCAGUACAAUAUUGUGGGAUUGAACACUAACAUAGACUUUCUGCUGAGCCUUUCGGGUCAUCCAGAGUUUGAGGCUGGAAACGUCAGCACCAGUUUCAUCCCUCAGCACUAUGCUGACCUCUUUCCCAACCUGAGAGCUCCUUCUGGGGCAACGAUCUGCCAGGCGGCUCUGGGCCUGGUGCUGCAGGAGAGGAACCAUACACAGGAGUUCACACAGGCCUCCACUGACCCUUUCUCCCCAUUUGGCUUCAGCAGCGGUUGGAGAAACAACAUAGAGUUUAACAGAAACAUGACACUUCAGCUGGGAGACGAGAAAGUCAAUGUGGCCAUCACAUACAAAGAUGAUGGAAGCUACAUUAUGCAGAUCGGUGAGGAGAAAUACCAUGUGACUGGAGAGGUGGAGCUCGAGGGUGGAGCUUCAUUCCUGUGUUGUUCUGUCAAUGGGGAGAAGUCACGUCCCAAACUGGUGAUCCUGGACAACACGGUGCACCUGUUCUCCACGGAGGGAAGCGCCCAGGUGUCGGUUCCAGUGCCGAAGUAUCUGGCUGGUGUGAGUGGCUCUGGGGCUCAGGGUGGAGCUGUGGCCCCCAUGACUGGAACCAUAGAGAAGGUGCUGGUGAAGACCGGAGAUAAAGUGACUGCUGGAGACCCGCUGAUGGUCAUGAUUGCCAUGAAGAUGGAGCACACAAUCCGUGCACCCAAGUCAGGCGUGAUCAAAAAGGUGCUCUUCAGUGAGGGUUCUCAGGCCAAUCGCCAUGCUCCACUGGUGGAACUGGAGGAGGAAGGGGAGGAUAACGGGGACGGUGGCAACCAGUAAAUGCAUCCCAACAACAUACAUAGAAACACCGAGACAGGUAGGAGAGAGCCUGAACUAGUUACUAUGACAACUAGAGGGAAAGUGAGUCGAUGUCAGUGGAUAUGUUUUAGAGCGAGUCUGACAUGGACAAGACAAAAAUGAUUGCCCUGGGUGAGCAAAAUGUAUUUCAGAAGGUGACCUGAAUUGUUCCUGGGUUGGACUGAAAAGUAGGAAAUAAAAAAAGUGUUUGCCUCAGUGGACAAAAAGCACAAGACUUUCUAAUGUGCAGUUACCUUUUACGCAGCAGAGAAAUGACUGGAGAACUGUUUGUUUUGGGUUUGUGUUUUCAUGUAAUCAGAGAUUAUGACUUUCUCACCAUGUCUGUAGAUGUUUCUUUCCAUGUCCGUGUUGGUUUCUGUCAGUGCUGUAGAGUUAAUGAGCUGGGAAAUCCUGUCCUUUUGUUCAGUACAGAUUAAUGCACUUUAGCACAUUGCAAUCUCUUCUCUGUGCACAGUAUGUGUGUACUGUCUGAACACAGUGACAACACUAAGUGCAGAGUAAACACGUCUGAGGCAUAAGGUGUAGUGUAGGAUGGCAAGUGAGAACUUUGAUCUAAAAUUCCUAUAAAUAAACCUCUGUGAACUAGAAAUAGUUACUGAAACUAAUUGUCACAUUCACGCUGACAUGGCAUUAGAAGCGGUUUGUUUCUGGCCCUGUGUGGGGAAACAUAAGUGCAUUGUCACUGUGAAGUAAAAACCAAUGCAAGUUUUUCUACAUUUGCUGAUGAGUUGAGAAAAUGCUGCUGCAUGGUUUUCACUGGACAGUGGUAAUGAAAGAAAAGUGGUGGGAUGAUGCUUAAUCCAUUGUCGGUGUGGGACGGUAUUUAGUACCGGGGUUUGACAGUGUCCACCCAGUUUAAACUCACUCGCUGUGUUCAGACUGGCUGAAUCAAGGGUUUCACUUUAACCCUUUACUCUGGUAUGGACCAUGGAUGGAUCACUGAACGGGCCUCUGGGUACAGGCACAAAACUGAUGGAAAUGUCUGAAAAAUUAUGAAUAAUUGACAGAGAAUGGCUACAAAUAGAUGCAAAACAACCUGAAACUGACUACAGAUCAUGGGAUUAGAAGUGUGGGAGAGGUGGGGGGCCUUUUACGUGUCUGUGCCCAGGGGCUCGUUGCCUCACGAUCCGUCCAUGGUAUGAACCAGCCUGCUCUGAGGAGAGUGAACGUGGCAUCGAGGAGAAACACUCCCAGAAUGACCAGAGUGUUCUGAAGCACAUUUUCAGUAUGUUUGUGGCCAGAUUUAGCUCAGAGUUUAAAGCAACCCAUAACUAAUGAAAUGCUCUGUUUCUGUUUAAAUCUCCCAUCAGUUCAGUGAUUCAUGUGAACCUGACUUUCUGCUGCUCACACUCUUCUGACCUGUGACUGGCCGUGAGGCCUCAUAGAUUAUUUUGAAUUGUAUGACAGGUGAUUUUUUUUUUUUAAAUUAACUGAUAACAUGCUGCAAUAAAAUACUGUCAAAGUGUA